AUGGGCACAUUUGAUAUUCGAAUCGAUAAUCAUAUGAUUACUACUAGUGAAAAUACAACCAGUAGUGAUGGACAACACGAAGAAAUUAGUUCAUUACGUGAUCAUUUUAAAGAUAAGAUUCGUAUCUUAUCAUCAAUUGGACAAUUUUCUUAUAUAUUAAAAAUUCGACCUGAUCAAUAUGAUGUUUCAUUAACAUUACAGUUGGAUCAAUUUUAUCCAUCAAAAGCACCUGAAAUAAUAAUAACUGCACCACGACUUACUCCUGAUCAAAUAAUACUUAUUCAACAACUUCUUCAAUCUUAUUGUGAAACAUUGCUUAAUAAACCAAUGGUUUUAUCAAUUUAUUCUCGUCUUCUUCAAUGGUUUACUGAAAAUAAUAUUCAAACAUUAACGGUUAAUUCAACUACUACUACUACUACUAAUAAUAAUAAUAAUCAUACAAAUUCAUUUGCUCCUUCUACUCAACGCUCACAUAAAAAUAGUAAAGCAAAUGUGCCAUUGGUACCUGUGAAUAAUAAUAAAACUAAUCAUAUUGAUGAACAUGAUAGUGAAUAUGUAAAAAGAAGUUCUAUGAAAACAGCUGAAGAUGUUAUAUCACGUAUUGAAUGGGAUGAUCGUCUCGAUAAACGGUUUUUUCGUGUUGGUUAUAUAGAUCGUUUCCUUGGUUUACAAGAAAAAUCAUUUAAUGAUUUUGAUUUUCAAGUUGAUUUAUCAACAGUUAGUGAUCGACAUUCAAACAUACUUGCGAUACCUAAACAUCGAAUACAAUAUUUUAAAUAUAAUAACGAAAUUGUUUGGGAUAAAGAAACACGAACUGAUUUAAUGUUUGGUUCAACUGGAAAUCAACAAACAAUAUAUGAUGUUAUUGAAAGACAUGAAAAACUCAUAGAAAACAAUUCUUCAUCUCCAAUAUCUGACAAUGAUAUUGUCGAAGAUGUUCAUGUUAAUAUUCCACCACCACGUUAUUUAACAUUAACUGAUGGUGCAUACAAACCAAAUUAUUUUCUUUCGAUACCUAUCAUAGAUCAAACUUUUAUUACUAAUUAUAGUGCUUAUCAAGAGCAAUUACUUUCAUCUUAUCCAUCUCUUUUUUCUGCCCAUACAACUUCAUCGAAUCUUCAUUUAACACUAUUAACAGUGCGUAUUGAAACACCAUCACAAAUCGAACAAUGUAUAACAUUGUUAAAAUAUCUUCAAGAUGAAAUUCGUCAUUAUUGUUCAUAUCCUGAACAUAUUUGUUUGGAAUUUAAUGAUAUAGAUACAUUUCAAGAUAAAAUCUUAUAUAUUAAAUGUAAAAAAAAUCAACGAUUAGAAAAUUUACGUUCAUUAAUCGUACAACGUUUUACUGAAGAACAACAAAAACAAGAUAUUCAUGAUAUUUUUUUUGCUGGAAAUUAUUAUGAAUUUAUUCCACAUGUAACAUUAUUGAAAUGUAAACGAAAAUUUUCAUCUGUAUGUCCAAAUGAAACCAAAGAACUUUAUUUUGGUAAACAGACACUUCAUUCUUUACAAUUAUCUUCAAUUGGCAAAAGCGAACAUGACGAACAAAAAAAUAAUUGUGUGUUUCAACUCGAUAUGAGUUAA